AUGCCUAAAAGAGAAGCAGAAACGCCUCCUUCACCUGAAACACAAAGACUCAGACCUACAGACACUUUUGGUAACUACAGAUCUCAAGUAGCUGAGCUCUUGUCUCAAGAAGAGAAGCUCUCGCUUCGCGACCAAGAAGCCGCUUUGAGGCAUUCCAACACCGCAAUAGGAGCUGGGAUGUCAAACCUCAAGAAAGAGAAUCUGAAUGUCUUGUUGAGGCAGUGCGUGGGGAAUCUAACUUUGGAAAUCAAAGAGAUACAGCAACGUGUAUUCCGCAUGUACCUGAUUUCAGAGCUGACUAACGAAUCUCCGUCUUCUUCACCAAGCCUUUUACAGUCUAUUGCUCCUGAAGAAGCCGGAGGGCCAACAGAAGAUGAUAUACAAUACCUGAAGUCUGACCCUGAUCAUGUCAGGAGUUUAACGUCCCAGUAUUCAAAUGCUCUUCUUUCAGAGAUGGAGAAUAUGCAGCAGGAACUCGAGAACCUCCUUGACGAUGUAGUGACCACUUGCAGACCUAUGACUCAUGGUGAAAAGCGAGAUCUUCAGAAAUCGAUCAAGAAGCUACCUGUAAGAAAUCUCGAACGCAUCGCUGAAAUAGUAGGAGACCAUUGGAUAACAUCUGGCAAAGAUCUCUCUGAUGAGGUUAUGGUCAACCUGGAUCAGUCGGACAACAUAAUGCUAUGGAGAUUGCAUUUCUAUGUAGGAGCAGUCAAGAAUGCCAAGAAGCUCUCUCGCUAG